AUGAUGUUGACGGAAACAAUGUCUCUCUGUGGGAUCUUAAUGUCCUUAAGAAAGGUACGACUUAAACUGUUUUGCGUGCUGAUCUGCAUGGUAUCUCCCUGUCUCGCUAGGAAUCACCCACCGCAGUUCCUCAUAAACGGACAGACUGAGAUCGUGGUGAGACUGAAAGAAGGACCCGAAACCCCCGUCGGAAGUUUAAUUUACAGACUUAGAGGUAUUGAUCCCGACGGCGACAGUCUCAGGUUUGGAGUUAAAGAUCAGCCAGGAGCUGACGUAAUUCGAGUGGAGACUGUCGGGACUCAGGAGGCCAACAUUUAUCUGAACAAAUUGCUGGACAGAGAGAGUCUAUUGCUCCUGGUGGAGGAUAUUAACGAUAAUGUCCCAACUUUUCGUCCCCACCCGACGACCCUGACAGUGAAGGAAGACUCGGGACCAGGUAUAUUAACAACCGUAGAAGCUACGGACGCUGAUGAAGGUCCUCAUGGUCAGGUAGUUUACCACCUGCAAGAGCUUGAUGGAGAUAAUGAUGUGUUCUCAAUCUCAACUGUCAGCGGUAAAGGUGUUAUUCGUCUCGCUGGUAAGCUCGAUUAUGAAAAAAAAUACCUCUAUCAGCUGAGGAUCCUCGCCGUUGACCGUGCAAUUAAUGGGAGAAUAAAUACAGGAACAACGGCGAUCUUGGUCAAGGUCCAGGAUGUUGAGGAUCAGCCGCCGGAGUUCAUUGCCAUGACUCCAGUCGCCCGAAUUAGCGAAAAUGCAAAGAUUGGAACUUCCGUUCUCCAAGUCCGAGCUAUCGACGGCGACAAGGGAAUCAACAACCGAGUAUCAUACAGCAUAUCCGAAGGACCCAGAAACCUCUUCGACAUUGACGCGAAUUCGGGCCUCGUUUUCACACGCGCUCAAUUAGAUAGAGAAUCCGAGGACAAUGGCGACGGGACAUUUAUCCUAGAAAUAACUGUUAAAGAAAUUUCUCGAGUUGUUCCGACGCCUUCAGUAACCACAGAAGUGACUAUUAUUCUCACGGACGUAAACGACGAGACUCCAAGAUUCCGCAGCGAUCGUUAUGUGGCUGAAAUAAACGAAAACGCGCCUCCUAACACCCCCGUAAACUUCCUCGGAGAUUCAAUUCCCGAAGUGUACGACCACGACUUGGGAUCUAACGGCACCUUUCAGAUGUUCAUCGGCGACGACGCUGGUAUUUUUGAAGUAACACCAUCUAGGGGCAUCAACGAAGCACCAUUUUUGAUCCGAGUCAAAAAUCCAUCAGAAUUAGACUUCGAGCAACGCUCGGUGAUAAAUUUGACACUUGUCGCCAAAGAAGUCGCUCUGUUUCAUCCGAAAUUCAGCGUAGUGCCCGUCACAAUUUACAUCAAGGACCAAAAUGACAAUUAUCCCGAAUUCUCGAAACCUGUGUACGAAGUUAGCGUUCCUGAAAACUGCCCAGCUGGAACUACUGUGGCCUGGGUCCAAGCUUUGGACGACGACAGUGGGAAUUAUGGAUCAGAGGGGAUCAGAUACACCAAUUUAGGAGGCAGCAUUGCGUAUGCUUUGAAGCUGAAUUCAACCUCCGGUAUCAUUACAGUGAAGCAAACGGGCCCGGGGUUCGACCGCGAACUCGUAGCUCGGCAUUAUCUCACGGUAGAAGCUCGGGAUGACCUUGGAAGGGGAAACCGCAAUACUGUGCAAUUGGUGGUUAAUAUAGAUGAUGUAAAUGACAAUGCACCUGUUUUUGUGCAGAAUAAAUACGAGGUAGUUCUUCUGGAAAAUAAAGCAAAAUUUGAGUCCCCAAUAACGGUCGAGGCGUUUGAUAUCGACUUGAAUGGGACUAAAAAUUCUGAAAUCGUUUAUUCGAUAGUUGCGAGUGAGUUUUCGAGGAAUUUUACAAUAGAUUCAAGAAACGGAUCUGUUAGACCAACGUAUCCGAUGGAUUUUGAAGCACUGCCAAUGAUUCCCGGCCACAGGGAAUCUUCCAUCCGUCCUUUGAAAUUGACUAUCAGAGCAAGGGAUUUAGGAACUCCCAGUUUGAGUUCAGACGUCCCUUUUAUCGUCUACCUGAAGGAUGUGAAUGACAACGAACCGAUUUUCGAACGCGCUGUCUACCAGAAAAACAUCCCAGAAGACCUCGUUGGAGGAACGAGUAUUCUGCAAGUUAAAGCUUGGGACAAAGACUUGUCUUCGCCGAACAACAAACUGGUCUAUCGGAUCCAAAACGGCGCGGGGGAUAAAUUUGUCAUCAGUCCGGAAAGCGGGCUGAUCAAAGUAGCGCCAGGGUCUAAUUUAGAUCCUGAUUUAACUUCUCCAAAAACUACAAAGUAUGCUUUGACAGUUGUUGCAAUUGAUAGUGGAACUGACGUUCAAAGAUCUGCCCAAGUUUUGGUGAACAUUACGAUCAUUGAUGUUAAUAACAAACCGCCGGUUUUUGUAGAUCCAGGGACAGUUUCUAUUCGAGAAAACACCCAAGUUGGAGCGUAUGUUCAUCGGAUUGUAGCUAAUGACCCGGAUAUUGCUCCGAUUCUAAGGUACAGAAUAGAUCCGAAUUCUUCGGAAGCAAGAAAUGAAGAAGGAACUCUAAUUAGAAUUCAAGAGUAUGAUUAUCUAGCGGCUUUUGAGCUCAAUGCUUUGGACGGUCUUCUGAGAGUCGUAAAACUGCUGGACCGUGAAAGAGUCGAGACUAUUAAGUUGGGAUUAGUUGUAGAAGACCUGGCUGCUGUGAAAGGGAGCCAAUCUGCGUCGGCGGUACUGAAUGUGGUGAUUGAAGAUGAGAACGACAACAAUCCCAAAUUCCGAAGGCCGUUUUAUAGAAGAUCUGUGAUGGAAAACAGCAAAAAUGGGGUUCAUAUCGCGAGUAUCGUUGCUGAUGAUGCUGACAAAAAUCGGACGAUAACUUACUCGCUAGAAGGGCCGGCUGAAGCGACUGACUUGGUACAUUUGGAUUCAGAAACUGGGGAAAUGGUUGUGGCGAAUAAAAUUGAUCGGGAAGUAUAUUCGUGGCUGAAUUUAACAGUUCGGGCUACUGAUUCUGGUGUUCCUCAACGAGCCAGUUUCUCGGAAGUUUACAUUCAAAUUUUGGAUGAAAAUGACAACAAUCCCUAUUUUAUAACCGAUGUUACAAAUAUUACAAUCAUAGAAAACACGAAAAUAGGAACGGAGGUGAUACAAAUUGAAGCGAGAGAUCCUGAUAGUGGUGAUUACGGAAAAAUAACUUAUUUAUUGGACCAUAUGUCUUCACAAGGAAGAUUUGCAAUCCAUCCUGAGACGGGAGUUUUGUCUGUUGUGAAUGAAAUUGACUGGGAAGCUAAAAGUAAUUAUGUGAUAAUAAUAGAAGCGUGGGAUAACUACCAAUUUGGUUACACGGCUGGAGAAUCACGAAAUGCAUUCAAACAAAUAGAAGUAAUAGUCGAGGAUGUUAAUGACAAUUCUCCUAAAAUGGAAGUACCUGAUGAGUGUAUUACAAUAUCUGAGUUCCAUGAUAUUAGAGACGCAAUAGCGGUCAUCAAAGCGACCGAUGCUGAUAACCCGGCGAGUCUUAAUGGACAGAUAAUGUUCAGAAUCUUAACUGGAAAUGAACUAGGCUUGUUUUUGCUAGAGCAAACUGACUAUUGGACAGUCAAAAUAAAAGCUGUGAGUUCUUUAAGAGGAAAAUUCGGCAACUAUUCGAUGCUAUUGGAAGCCCGUGACCUUGGAUCUCCAGCUAAUCAGGACAAUAAGUACUUGAAGGUCUGUGUUACCGAUUACAAUGACAAUCCCCCGGUGUUUUUGAGCCCUCAGCACAACACAACUAUUCGCGUGCCAGAAAAUGUGACUGUUGGCUCGACUAUAAUCCAAGUCGAAGCUCAGGACGCAGAUACUGGAGUAAAUGGAGAAGUACACUAUCGGCUGAAGCAAGAUCUUGCUGGUCAUUGGAGAACAUUUCAGAUUGAUGAUAAAACUGGAGUGGUCACUCUUAAACAGCCAUUAGACCGCGAAACGCAGAGGAUGUAUGAGAUAAGAAUUGAAGCGUAUGACCUUGGAAUUCCAACGCCUCUGAGCACGGACUUGGAUCUCAUCAUCUACGUCCGGAAUAUCAAUGAUUACGAACCGCAGUUUUUAGUAGAUGUAUUUACAGUAGCGUUUGCGGAAGAACAGCCUCCUGGUUCUGAAAUUGUUGAUCUUCCGGAGACGAUUGAUAGAGAUGAAGUCGACGAUUUAGACGACCCGCCGACCCAAGUUUGCUACUUUAUCGUCGGCGGUAAUAACGACGGCUACUUUACCUUGGAUCCUUUCAGCCACAAGCUUACCACUGCCGAAAAAUUAGACAGAGAAACUCUAGAAGAACAUUUGCUUUUGGUGAAAGCGACUGAAGAUUGUUCAACCAUGCCCGAAAACGAAAGCUUUUUUGAUUCUGCUGAUGAUACUCUAUUAAAAGUUGUCAUUACUGUUAAUGAUAUCAAUGAUAACGCGCCGAGAUUUGUCAGUAAAGUAUUUACUGGUGGAGUGACUACUGAAGCUGAUUUCGCUACUGAAGUCAUUCAUAUCAAGGUAAAGCUUGUGAUCAACGAUCAAUCAUUUAUACGAUCAAGUUUUGAAAUUUACUGGAAUUUUUUCAAACAGGCAAUAGAUUUGGAUGCUGGAGAUAACGCUGCAGUGAGCUACUAUCAGGUUGGAAAAAUUCACAUGACUCUCACUGAAGGCUUGGACGACAUGAACAUCCAGCCUUUUUUGGUAGACAGACUAACCGGCGCGGUGACUUUGAAUUUUGAUCCUCAGCCGAGGAUGAAGGGCUACUUUGACUUUAUGGUGCUUGCUAAUGACACCGACGGGCUUAAAGACACCUCUAGAGUGUUUAUUUAUCUGCUCAGAGAGGAUCAGAGGGUUAGAUUCGUUCUGAGACAACAUCCUCCGGAAGUUCGGAAUCGAAUUGACAAUUUUCGAGAAAUUCUUGGGAAUGUAACGGGAGCAAUUGUGAACGUGGACGAGUACAAAGUCCACGAAAAUCAAGACGGGUCUGUCGAUCGCACCAGAACAGAUCUGUAUCUCCAUCUUGUAAACCGUAGAGACAAUUCAAUUUUGGACGUCUCUGAAGUUCUAGAACUCGUAGACCGCAACAUCGAAAAAUUGGACGGCCUUUUCAAAGAUUUCAACGUUUUGGACACCCAGCCGGCCGAGUCGCAGGCGAUAGUCCAAAUUGAGCAAGCUGGAACGACUUUUUGGCUGUUAGUACUGACGCUGUUUCUAGGCGCACUGUUGAUUAUGUGCAUUGCGAUUUCUUUAUCGCAGAGAGCUUCGUUCAAAAGGCAAUUGAAAGCUGCCAAUGCAUCUCCGUUUACCACCAACGAGUCUGAGUUUAUUCGCGGGCCGGGGAGGGUUCCAAAUACUAAUAAACACAGUGUAGAGGGCUCGAACCCCAUUUGGAUGCAUGCUUACGAGAAUGAAUGGUUCAAAAGUGAUGAAUCUUUUAGUCAUAACUCUGAUCGUGAUUCACUGGAUGAAAAUGCUUUGAAUAAUGAAGAAGUUGUCGAGAGAAAUUCUGGGGAAAGAAUUGCCAAUGAAAAUCCUUAUUAUACUCAACCCGGACCUGGUUCAAUAUCUAGUGUAGAAAGUAUAACAGCCAACCAAAGCGAAUCUUGUCGAGAGUCUCCAAUCUACCAGCACCAAAAUCCAGUCCCAAAUAAUCCUCUCGGUAAAAAAGUAGAAACCACCGAGUUAUAA